CAUUUUCCACACACAUUUUCUCUUCUACAUUUCUUAUUCAUCCACGCUGGACCCUAAACGAGACGGUAUCUAGGGUUCACUGGAUCAUCAGUUUCCUUCUGCUACCACCAGUUCUUCUUCUCAAUCUCCCUCUCUACCACCACCACCACCACCACUUUGUCAAAGGUUAAAUAGGCAUGGGUUAAAAUUGAUUCACCCAACCAAUGGAUGAAUCAUGUGAAAUGCCUGAGGCACAAAAAGGUGCAGGUGGAAAGACAAUUGGGGCUUCACCUAAAGUACCCAAAACAGGCUUAAAGGUGGGAUUACUUGAAGAUGUUGCUCUAUCAGCACCUCGUGAUCUUGUUAAGGUGUCUAUUUCAGGUGCAAUGCCGGUGAUGCCACCUCCAGCUACAAGUGAGGCACAAAUGGCUUCGCCUGAAGUACCCAUAAAAGGUUUAAAGGAGGAAUUACUUGAAGAUAUGGCUACGGCAACACCUCUUGAUCUUGUUACAGGCACCACAAUACUUAGUGGAGAUUAUGAUUUUGGGAUCCUUGUAGGUGGUGACAGCUUAGCAAUUAACCCUGAUGGAACACCUGAUAAAGAACCGGUUCAAAAGGUUUAUCGCUUGGGGGGUGAUCCACGAAGCUAUAUGUUAUAUGGUCAAGUGGAACCGCGUGGUAUUGCAGGCGCGUCCGUGAGUAUUUGAUCAAUAAGAUUGAAAAAAAACAUAGGAAGGGGAGAGUUUUAACGUCAAGAAAGGGUGCAACAUAUGCAAAGAGGUUUCUUAAUAUCCCAGUGGAGGUGUUGAAGAAUAAUGUACCAGGAGAUUUUUUAGACUUUGAUAAAAUGAUUUGUGGGGUAACACUUGGUAUGUAUGAGCCGAAGGAGGAAGUGAAGUCAAAGAAGAUACAGAAGUCAAGCAAGAAACAUAAGUCUAAUAAGAGAACACAUGAAGAGGCUGAAGAAGAAGCAGGUCAGAAAGUGAAGUCAAAGAAGCUACAGAAGUCAAGCAAGAAACAUAAGUCUAAUAAGAUAACACAUGAAGAGGUUGAAGAAGAAGAAGAAAGUCAGAAAGUGAAAUCAAAGAAGAUACAGAAGUCAAGCAAGAAACAUAAUAAGAGAACACAUGAAGAGGUUGAAGAAGAAGGUCAGAAAUCUAAGUUUGAUCCCGUACACUAUUUUGCAUCAACAAAAUUUAUUACCAAAAGAAGAGCAGGAUUGUAUUAUAUAUGCAAAGACGAAGAAAUUACUAAAGUUGAAAGAUUUAAGGUUGAUGGUCAUGAUGAUGGCAAGGCUGAAAGUUAUCUUGAAAGUAAUUAUGAUCGUACUCAUAUUAUGGACAUUGCUGUUAUGCAUAUGGAGGAAGCUAUGGUUGAGGGUUGCGAGUCUGGACAAAGUGGAGGCAUGAUCACAAUUGAUUGUAUUGACCACAACAAUACAAUCACGAAUGUCUGUGAGAAAGAUAUAGAACAAUUGCGUCAGGAAAAGCUUCAACGAGAUAAAGCAUUUUACGAUGCUAAUAGUAAAAGAACAUCAAAACCUGUUUUAGCGAAGUACGACAUGUGGGGGUAGAAAAAUGUUACAGAGAUUGGGGGAGUUGAUGAGCUGACUGUUGAAGACAAUUGGAAGAGACAAAUCAAUCUGGGCUCUCACUGUUACCCUGUCAGAAAUAUGUUGUUUUGGUCAGUCAGCAUUAGGUUCUAUUGGUCGUAUUUGUCUUAUGUUAUAAUCUAGAUUAUUUUGUCCUCUACAGUUGUGGUUCUUCGAUUAGGACCGGUUAUGAACUUCUCUAUAUGUUGACUGGAAAGUUAUAAACUUUGGUCUGUCUUUCUUGGAAAUCUUGUUAAUGGACCAAUUUUGUCUAUGGUUAAUUGUUUGGUAUAGUGACCGAUUGUGGUGAUUUUGUACACCUUUAAACACAUUAUUGCAAGCAAGCAAACAAACAAGUUGAGCA